ACUCUCUCUCCUCACACACAUACUCACACACACACACACUCUCUCUUUCUUCUUCCCUAUUCCAAUUUCCAGAAAAUCUAGGGUUUCGAGUUUCAAUCCCUAAAUCUCAGCAUCACUGUCUCUCUCUCUCAGAUAAUGAAUCUCUAGUGUUUACAUCCCCCGUUCACAUUCCCCCCCCCGGGCUAAAUGAGUCCUCUCUGCUUCAUCUCUCUACUCCUCUUCCUCUUCCUCGGUGCCAACGCCGUGACCGAGCCUGAGCUCCGAUCUCUACUCGAGUUCCGCAAAGGCAUCCGCGACGAAGCCUCAAACCAACGCAUCUCAUGGUCCGCCACAAGCAGCCUCACAGACCCCACAACUUGCCCCGAGAACUGGCACGGCGUCUCCUGCGACGCGGAAACCGGUUCGAUCGUCGCGAUUAAUCUAGACCGGCUCGGUUUAUCCGGAGAGCUUAAAUUCAGCACGCUAACCGGUCUGACCUCUCUCCGUAACCUCACUCUCUCCGGAAACAACUUCUCGGGUCGGGUCGUGCCUUCCCUCGGAGGCAUCUCGUCUCUCCAACGGUUGGAUCUGUCGGAUAACGGAUUCUACGGACCGAUUCCGGGUCGGAUCUCGGAUCUAUGGAACUUGAAUUACUUGAACCUGUCGGUUAACAAGUUCGUUGGCGGGUUCCCUGGCGGGUUUCGUAACCUCCAGCAGUUGAGGUCGUUGGAUUUGCGCGGGAACGAGAUUUGGGGAGACGUUGGUGAGAUUUUCGCGGAGUUGAAGAACGUUGAGUUCGUUGACUUGAGCUCUAACCGUUUCCACGGCGGUUUGGAUUUAUCAGUUGAUAACCUCACGAGCAUCUCCAACACUCUCCGUCACUUGAAUCUGAGCCACAACGCUUUAAACGGUGCGUUUUUCACCGCUGAUGCGAUUGGUUCGUUUAAGAAUCUCGAGGUUGUUGAUUUGGAGAAUAAUCAGAUCAAUGGCGAGCUGCCGCGUUUCGGAUCACAGCCUGGUUUGAAGAUUCUGAGGCUUGCGCGUAAUGAAUUGUUUGGUACUGUGCCUGGAGAGUUGUUGCAGAGUUCGAUUCCGUUGCGAGAGCUUGAUCUUAGUCAAAACGGUUUUACAGGAUCAAUUAGUGAAAUCAAUUCAACGACUUUAACUUUGUUGAAUCUUUCUUCCAACGGCUUGUCUGGUGAUCUUCCAUCGAGUUUUAAAAGUUGUUUAGUGAUAGAUUUGAGUGGGAACACUUUCUCUGGUGACGUGUCCGUUGUUAAAAACUGGGAAGCUACUCCUGAUGUUAUUGAUUUGAGCUCAAACAGCUUGUCUGGAACAUUACCGAACUUCACUUCCGCGUUUUCGAGGUUAAGUGUGUUGAGGAUCAGUAACAACUCUGUUUCUGGUAGCUUGCCUUCUCUGUGGGAGGAGUCAGGAGCUUCUCAGUUCUCUGUGAUUGAUCUGAGCUCAAAUAAGUUCAGCGGCGAUAUUCCACAAAGCUUCUUCACUUUUGCAAGCUUGAGAAGUUUGAAUCUUUCUAUGAAUAACUUGGAAGGGUCAAUUCCUUUUCGUGGCUCACGUGCUAGUGAGCUUAUGGCUUUAACUUCUGAUCCUCAGAUGGAGUUGCUUGAUCUCUCGACUAAUUCUUUGACCGGUGCGUUACCCGGAGAUAUAGGUACAAUGGAAAAGAUUAGAGUGUUGAAUCUUGCUAAUAAUAAGUUGUCUGGGGAGCUUCCAAGCGAACUCAACAAGCUUAGUGGCCUUGAGUUUCUUGACUUGUCAAACAAUGACUUUAACGGUCAGAUUCCUGACAAGCUUCCUUCUCAAAUGGGGAGAUUCAAUGUGUCUUACAACGACUUAUCAGGGAUCAUUCCAGAGAACCUUAGAAGCUACCCACGUUCAUCGUUUUAUCCUGGUAACUCCAAGCUAAGUCUCCCAGGUGGGACUCCAUUGGGUUCUAAUGGUGAACUAGCUGUGCAUGAGAAAGCAGCACAUCAUCAUCAUUCGAGGCUUAGCAUAAAGAUAGCUAUCAUUAUUGCUUCAGUAGGAGCAGCUAUUAUGGUACUUUUUGUUUUGUUUGUCUACCAUCGAACUCAGCUCAAGGACUUUCAUGGCAAGAGUGGGUUUAUUGACCAAGCUGCCAAAUCUGGACGCUCUUCUCGUCCUUCCUUUCUCAACUUCACCUCAAACGCUGAACACCAGUCAUCAUCUUUGAGCUUCUCAAACGACCACUUGCUAACAGCUAAUUCACGGUCGUUAUCUGGCAUCCCUGGGUCUGAACCUGAAAUAACUGAGCAGGCAACUUCAGCCACUACAGUCCCUAACCUCAUUGAUGAUUAUCCUCCCACAUCUGAGCGGAAGUCUUCUUCAGGAGGCUCGCCUUUGUCCUCACCUCGUUUUAGCGACCAGCCUGUGAUGUUAGAUGUUUACUCACCCGAUCGUCUGGCUGGAGAACUCUUCUUUUUAGAUGUCUCAUUAAAGCUAACAGCAGAAGAGUUAUCACGAGCUCCUGCGGAAGUUUUAGGUAGAAGCAGCCAUGGGACACUAUACAAAGCGACUCUGGAUAACGGGCAUAUGUUGACCGUGAAAUGGUUGAGAGUUGGACUCGUGAGGCAUAAGAAAGAUUUUGCGAAAGAAGCUAAAAAAAUCGGAUCGUUAAAACAUCCAAACAUUGUUCCAUUGAGAGCUUACUAUUGGGGUCCUAGGGAACAAGAAAGGCUUCUUCUGUCUGAUUACUUGGGAGGAGAAAGCUUGGCCAUGCAUCUAUAUGAGACUACUCCUCGGAGGUAUUCUCCAAUGUCUUUCAUCCAAAGACUAAAAGUUGCGGUUGAAGUGGCGCAGUGUCUUCUUUACCUUCAUGAUAGAGCAAUGCCACACGGGAACUUAAAGCCAACAAACAUAAUCCUCACGAGUCCUGAGAACACAGUGCGAAUAACCGAUUACUGUAUUCACCGUCUGAUGAGUUCAUCUGGUGUAGCAGAACAGAUACUAAACAUGAGCGCACUCGGUUACUCAGCUCCUGAACUUGCAUCAGCUUCUAAACCAGUUCCAACGCUAAAAUCAGAUGUUUAUGCGUUUGGAGUGAUUCUUAUGGAGCUUUUGACUAGACGGAGCGCAGGUGACAUAAUCUCAGGUCAAUCAGGAGCCGUUGAUCUUACGGAUUGGGUGAGGCUGUGUGAUCAAGAAGGUAGGAGAAUGGAUUGCAUAGACAGAGAUAUUGCAGGUGGGGAAGAAUUCUCAAAGGCAAUGGAGGAUGCACUUGCUAUUGCAAUCAGGUGCAUUGCCUCUGUAAAUGAAAGGCCUAACAUCAGACAAGUUCUUGAUCUUCUUAGCUCUAUUUCUUCUUGAGAUUUGUUUUGUUCUUUUGUAUAUCUCCGUGGAGUUUCUUCUCUUCAUCCAUCAUCCCAUUUUUUUUCUUCUGGUUUUAUGUUUCUUUAGUAGUUUGAUCAGAUGAUUCAGAUCCUCAGGUGUUUGUUACAUUUUUAUAUUUUGUUGAUUAUUUUUCCCUUCCUUUGUAAAGGUAGAAGAAAAACUAAUCCCAUUGAUUCUGACAGAACAAAGUUUGAGUUUGGUUAAUGAUUUUUUUUUUAUAAUUUAAAUCAAAUUUUC